AUGGAUCAACAAGAUCGAGAACCUUUUGCUCCAGUUAUCUUCUCAUUCAUUGGCAGUGCGCCUCCAAUGAAUAUUAUUAAGCAAAAAUUAAUCGAAUUAAAUAUUCUAUAUAAGUGUGAUACAACCUGCCGGUUCAAUAAUAAAAAAGAAUUACUAUUAUUCCCAGCUGAUAAUUCUUCUGAACAAAUUUUACUGAAUAACUGUCCGCAACAAAUAUUUGGUACGGAUGUUAAUUAUACGAGUCGCUCACCUCGAGGCAUUAGCAAAAGCUUUAGUCUAAUAUUGAAAUCUGUUGAUAGUUCUAUUGAUGAAAAAGAUUUAUUAAGAGAUAUUCAAGCAAUAGAAAGCGAAGUUACUGCUAUCCAUCGUAUUAGAAACGCCGCCCUUGAUAAGCCUACGUCAUUAGUUCGUCUCGACGUUUCUUCGGAAACAUGUCGUGAUCGCUUAUUAGCGCAACGAAAAUUAGUCGUUACGCCAUUCGCUUUUCCAACAGCCAAUUAUAUCCAACCUAUCAAAAUAAUUCGUUGUUUUAAGUGCCAAGAAUUAGGUCACUACGCUCAAAACUGUAAUAAUCAAUUAAAAUGUUCUAAAUGUAGUGGACCCCAUGCAAUUGAUAAGUGUAUCUCUAGUACCGAGAUUUGUCCAAACUGUGGUGAAAAUCACAGAGCUUCUUAUCCCGCAUGCAAAGUUAGGUUAUUGUACAUUAAUGAACUGAAAAAUAAACAAUUCAGUAGUUUUGUAAUGGAUACAUCGGUACAACAGCAAUGUCGAUCGUACGCUGCCGUCGCUCAACCUCAAUCAUCACAACUAAAUGGAAACGAAUCGAUUAAUGAAGAGAUUUUAAAACAAGUCUCAUCUGUUGGUAUAAUUGUGGAUUCCUUAAAACGUGAUAUUGCGAUACUGACAGAAAAUUUUAAAUCACAGUUGGCCUAUUUUAAUCAAAUGAUCGGUAAUGUACACGGUAAUGUACAUAAAUUCGUCCAACAGCUAGUCCCUACAUUAAUAAAAAUGACCAAAAAUAUUGAAAUAAAGAAUGAUUUAUCAAAAUGUAUGAAUACGUUUAAUUCAUUACCAAUUUGUAAUCAAAAUGUUUUCCCUUACGCAACCCAACAACUGCAGACAACAAUGUCUGCAUCAUUGUCUCAACCUUAUUCAAAUGUUAUCCUUGCUAUACCUAAUCCAACGAGCAUUCUCACAAACAACUCAAAUGGUGGUGACAUUCAGGUAAUCAAAUCAUGA